GGGAAGCGUUUCCGGGUCUCUCCCCGGAAGUGGCCGUGUUUCCGGAAGUGGGAGCCCGCGUCGGCCCAGGCCUCGCUGCGUUGCCACGGGAGACGCGAUGGAGGCUCCGGGGACCCCGGCGGGGUGCGGCGCUUCGGCCCAGGCGAUGGUGCCCGUGCAGGCCGAGGCUUCCGCCGUCGCUCUGCCGAAGGAGGCCCCCCAGGAGGCCCCCAAGGGCCGCAAGAGGGUCCUGGACGAGGACGCCUACAUCCAGAGCCUGGAAAAAAUCAUCCAGAGGGAUUUUUUCCCUGAUGUGGAGAAGCUGCGGGGUCAGAAGGAAUAUCUGGAGGCUGAAGAGAGCGGCGAUCUGGAGAAGAUGAGACAGAUAGCCAUCAAGUUUGGCUCCUCCUUGGGCAAAGCUGCCAGAGAUACACCUGCACCUUAUGUCACCCCGGCAACUUUUGAAACCCCCGAAGUUCACCCCAGUGAUUCUUCUGUGCUGAAUAAGCCGAAGUUCACCACGAAAUCUCUAGAUGAAGGAGAAGCCGGGGAAGAAGAAAACAAAGAUGCCCUGCCCAGUCUGGAUAAAUUCUUGGCCAAACACACCAGCGAGGAUAAUGCUUCCUUCGAGCAGAUCAUGGAAGUCGCCAAAGAGAAGGAGAAAGUGAAGCAUUCGUGGCUUUACGAAGCCGAAGAGGAAUUUGCCCAGCGGCAUCAGGAGCAGCUAGCUCUCCCAUCGCUGGAGGAGCAGCAGGCCCUGGGGAGUGGCAAAGCUGGAGUAGAAACAUGGGAAUACAAGGCAAAGAAUUCGCUGAUGUAUUAUCCACCAGGAGUUCCUGAAGAGGAAGAUGUGUUUAAGAAGCCACGUGAGGUCGCUCACAGGAACACCCGUUUCUUGAAGGACCCCUUUAGUCAAGCAGUGAGCAAGACCCAGCUUCAGCAAGCAGCAGCCCUCAAUGCUCAGUACAAACAAGGCAAAGUGGGGCCUGAUGGGAAGGAACUUAUUCCUCAGGAAUCUCCCAAGGUAAACGGAUACGGCUUCGUGGCCACACCCUCCCCUGCUCCCGGUGUGAAUGAGUCCCCUCUUAUGACCUGGGGUGAGAUAGAAGGCACCCCUCUGCGAUUGGAAGGCUCUGACAUGGACCGGACGCCAGGACCGGCUUUCAAGAUCCUGGAGCCCGGACGCCGGGAGAGGCUAGGGCUUAAGAUGGCCAACGAGGCAGCUGCAAAAAACAGAGCUAAGAAACAAGAAGCCUUGAGGAGAGUCACAGAGAACCUUGCCAGCCUCACUCCGAAAGGCCUCAGCCCUGCCAUGUCUCCCGCCUUACAACGCCUCGUGAACCGCACCGCUAGCAAGUUCACUGACAAAGCUCUCCGGGCCAGUUACACCCCUUCCCCUGCACCUGAGAGGACGCCUGGCUACAAGACGCCUUCGGCCGGCCUGCAGACCCCCACGGUCACCCCAACGUCCGGGACACUCUCUCAAACCCCAGUGGCUCAGGAUCCCACCUCUAUCACGGACAAUCUGCUGCAGCUGCCCAAGAGACGUAAAGCAUCCGACUUCUUUUGAUCCUCUCUUCUUCUUUUUUUGGGGGGGGGGGAAGAACCCAGCAGUGCCCCAAUAUGCCAAUGCUACUGAAGACAACGCCCGCCAUCGACCAAAAGCACCAGGAGAGAAGUUUCUGCGGGGUACAGGAUCGUUCCUGUCCUGGGUUGACCUCAUCCUGGCUAGCCGGCGAGAAGCAGCAGACGGAAAGUAAGGCUUUUGAGUUGAAAAACCCCUCUCGUUAAACCUUGGCACAGGAAGACGGUCGCCAGAACUGCUUGCACGGUGCUGGCCUUUUUAAUCUUAAUUGAUUAAACGCAGGCUUCACCUCCAGAUCUGGCAGGAAUUGGGAUUGUGGUGUGGAAAACUAGGGGGGACAGAGAGAGAGAACGAACUAGUAUCCAGAUAGGAUGUUGUGUGUCCGCGCCUGCUUAAUCUUGGAGCAGAUCCUCAGCUCAGAGACUGACCAAAGGUAUGGUAUAUUUUUCUUGGCCUGGGAGCCGAGAAAGAAUUUGCUUUAUAGAAAGAAAAUGCAACAAGAUUCCUUAAAUUCUUCUCCCACAGAGGUCCUGAGAGGCUUGCUUAUGGAUCGAAAGCUUGGGAUAGCUUGGGUUUCCAAACCUUACAGGCGCUAAAACGUGGGUUGGGAUCAAGCCGAUCCGGUCUAACUCAAUCUCGCUUGGAGCAGGAUUAUCGGUGGCCUCCUGUAUUUUGGACCCAGUCCAGUCCAGCCCAAACAAACAAAAGUAUUAAGAGCUGGGCAAGGUUUCUGAAAAAAAAAAAUUUCAAAGCCAAACUGAGAAACUGAAAACUUGGGCAGCAAAGAUAUGAUUUAAUCCAGUGGGGUGGGGGAAACGGGGGAAAAAUGUAUUUUUUUCGUGACAUUAAAAGCUCGUGGCACAGUCGGUGAAAAAGAUGGCAAGCUGGAACCUUUCAGCCAUCAUUGUCAUUCAAGGAGACUCAGUUGCUUUGGCUUUGAAUAAUUUGUUGUAAGCAUCUGUUUAUCCUCCUUGAAGCUUUUUACAUCUGCAUCUUACAAAUAAGAAAUUGAACUUCUUUGGUGGAAGGACCGAAAAUAAACACCUUAGGUCUAAAGACCUUAACAUA